AUGACGAAUUCACAGCAGCUAGGAUCGGCUAACCCGAAGAGAGCCUUCAAAAAGCGUUGCCAUUUUCAUGGACAGAAGAGUGACCCUGAGGAGGCGAAGAAGCGACGGGAAGAGGAAAUGAAAAAACAACGGAAAGAUGACAAGGAGGAGAAGAUCGCUGUUGUACGCCAGAGUGCUGAUACUCCUGCUGAGGUGAAUGAAGGCCCUGAGGGUGUCGAGGCCCCAUCGGGCAAGAAAGGGUUCUUCUCGGAUAAGAAGUUCACAGAUCUUCAAAUCUGCGAUCCUCUAAAGGAGGCACUCACUGCAUGCAACUUUACUACGAUGACCGACAUCCAGGCUAAGGCGAUACCACUGAUGCUGAAAGGGAAAGAUGUAUUGGGAGCAGCCAAGACGGGAUCUGGGAAGACUCUGGCUUUCUUGGUACCGGCUUUGGAGCUCCUUGUUGCGACCCGUUUUCAGCCCAAGAAUGGUACUGGCGUUAUGGUCAUCUCGCCCACUCGUGAGCUUGCUAUGCAAAUCUAUGACGUGUGCAAGAGGGUAGUAGUAGUACUCUCUCAAACGUACGGGAUCGUUAUGGGAGGUGUGAAUAGAAAGAACGAGGCGGAUAAGCUCUCCAGAGGAAUCAAUAUUAUUGUUGCAACCCCCGGUCGGCUACUGGACCAUCUGCAGAACACUAGAGGGUUCGUCUACGCCAACCUAAUGAGCUUGGUCAUUGAUGAGGCUGAUCGGAUACUCCAAAUUGGUUUCGAGGAGGAUAUGAAUCAGAUAUUGAAGAUACUCCCUAAGAAAAGGCAAACGUCACUAUUCUCGGCCACCCAGACGCAGAAGGUCAACGAUUUGGCUAGGUUGUCGUUGAAAAAGCCGAUAUUUGUACAGAGCAAGGGAGCUGAUGAUGACGCGGCGAUCUCGACAGCUUCGGGGUUGGUCCAGGGGUACGUUGUAGUGGGAGGGGACGACCGGUUGAGACUAUUGUUUACAUUCCUUAAGAAGAACCAGAAGAAGAAGGUGAUGGUGUUUUUCUCUUCGUGCAAUUCGGUGAAGUUUCAUGAUGAGCUCCUCAAUUACAUUGACAUUCCGGUCAUAUCGAUUCACGGUCAGAAGAAGCAGUCGGCUCGGAUGACCAACUUCUAUCGAUUCUGCCAAAUGGAGUCGGGCAUACUACUGUGUACGGAUGUAGCUGCAAGAGGUUUGGAUAUUCCUAAGGUUGACUGGAUUGUCCAGUACGACCCUCCGGAUGAUCCGAAGGAGUACAUCCAUCGUGUCGGCCGUACUGCUCGUGGUGCUGAGGGUACUGGCAAGGCCCUCCUUUUCCUCAUGCCCGAGGAGCUCGGUUUCUUGAGAUAUCUUCGUAAAUCGGGCGUGACGACUUUGAACGAGUACGUAUUCCCCCCGGCUAAGGUGGCUAAUAUUCAGCAUCAAUUGGAGAAGCUAGUGGAGACCAACUACCACCUCCAUCGGGCCAGUCGAGACGCUUACCGAUCGUAUCUGCAUGCUUAUGCCGCCCAUGCAUCUAAGGAUUGCUUUGACGUCCACUCGCUGGACUUGCAGAAGCUCGCCAAGUGCUUUGGAUUCGCAGUGCCACCGAAGGUUGACCUCAAUUUGAAGGACACUAAGAAAAGCGAUAGGGGCGGACGGAAAAUGGUGAAGUCAGGGAGGUUCAAUAAGGGCCAGGGCGACUUCAGUGCCAGUAACCCCUAUGGGAAGAAGUCCACUGGAGAUAAACGUCAGUUCAGCAUGUAGAGCGAGUAUAGUAAGGAUGAGAAUACCAAAGCAGUUGUUAAUACCGUUCCUCGAGCAACUCACCACGUCAAUACCAUCUGUUAAUAGUAAGGUUAGUAUCGGUCGACUCGAGUAUAUCCUUUUGUCGGCGUAUCUAUACCACACUGUUUCCACAUCA